CUGGGAGACAAAAUCAGCUUCACACUGUUAACACAGUACCCAUGAUGGCAGUGUAAUACAGAAGGGCAUGGAGCUUGUGUCAGUGGAGUAUGAGUUCGAGUACACAGCGAAGGAUGGGCGCCGUGUGUCAAUCAAACCUGAUGAAAGUUACAUCCUUCUCGCCAAGACUAAUGACCACUGGUGGCACGUCCGCAAAGACCUGCACUCUAGACCUUUCUUCAUCCCAGCGCAGUAUGUGAGGGAGCUCCCAUCACUGACUGACAGCUCCCCAGACCCUGGGGGUAGCACUAACCCGGUACAGAGGGCAGACAUUAAACCAAAGGUAGAACCAACUGGGACCAAAAACACUCCACCAGAGACUUACCGGUUCUCCACUUUUGGUUUAUGUGUGAACCUGCAAGAUGUGGACACACAGACCAUUAGAGAGAGCAUUAGUUUUGCACAUACUGACAGUAAUUUAAAAACCAAAAAUCCAUCACUUCCAUCAGGAUCUCCAAAACCUGAUGCCUCUGAACUUUACGCUAAACCUGCGGUGUCAAGGGUCAGAGACGGACGACCAAAAAGCUCACAAUAUAAUGAAGAUCAAGUGGAGCAAAUAAAGACAUAUCAGUGUCAUAUACAGACAAUGGAUGAUGAGAGUUCUGAUUUCCCUUUGCCCUUGAAUCCACCAGUAUAUGACAUGAUACCUGAGCUAAAGGUCCCUGAAGGCAACACUGUGUUUCCUGAGCCGCCACUUGACUCAAAUGACACAUCAGUACUUCAGCAACAGAGUGGAAAUCCCAACGAAGAUGCAGCUUUCUCCACACCUCUACCACCUCUGACUUUGCUGGUGGAAAAUGAAAGUCUCCAGUCAGCUGUAUACGUCAAUGUAGCGCAACUUCGCAAAAGCAUCUCUGAGUCUCCCCCUUCAGCUCCAUCUUCCUAUUCACCUUCCUACCUCAACCCAGAGGGAUGGGAAGUGCACGUUGACCAGGAAAGUGGACAGGAGUACUACUAUCACCCCGCCACGGGGCGUACCACCUGGGACAGCCCCUUUCUAGACUCCCCUACAGACCCUGAGCUGCAGCCUCCAGAGGAGCUUUGUUCCCCAACGUCCCCCCAGUCUCCUCCCUUGUCUCCGUCCACUGCAUCCCCCCCUACGUGGACCUCAGACUGGGAGCAACUAGUGGAUGAGACCAGUGGUCGCCCAUACUUUUACAACCCGAUGUCUGGAGAAACGUCUUGGGAGCCUCCAGAGCAGCUGAGCCCGUAUCCCCCUCUGAUGGAGCCUAUGAGUGUGCACAGGUUUCAUGAGGACGGGCCGCCCCCUCUUCCUGAGGAGGACUAUCCCCCAGAGGAUUACCCAGCUGCAGAUCAGCCAGACGCCUAUGAUGAACCACUUGCCACUGGGCCUCCUCCAACCCUCCCUAAGGAGUACACCCUCAGCCAUGUGACCCGGACCAUCAUCCCCAGGGCCAAUCUGGACCGCAGUACCCCAGCUGGUUGGAACCUCACUGUGGAACCCAAUGGGACCUGGGUGUUCACCAGUGAACACUCCCCAGAGCAAUGGAUAAAGUCGGUGGAUGAUCGAGGGCAGACCUACUACUAUCUAAGAGAUGGCUCAAAGUCCCAGUGGAACCUGCCAGAGGCUCCUGUAGCUCAUGGCCAGCCCAGGGUGGAGAAUGGCAUUGAGGGGGAGAAUGUAUCCGUCUUUAAGAACUGGAGGCACACCAUGGGACCUACCCAGUUCAGUGCAGCCCAGGAGGAAGCGAGAUUUGUCCCAACUCACAGAAGAAAUACGUCAGACUACAGCAGCGACAGCUCCAGUACAGGAAACUCUCCGGAGACGCAACAUAAUGUGCAGAAUUUAGAAAAAGCGGGAAUUCUCAACAAAACGAAAGUGUCUGAAAACGGCAAAAAAGUAAGGAAAAAUUGGGCUCAGACAUGGACGGUUCUCCACGGGGGUGUGCUGACAUUUCACAAAGACCCAAAAUCUCAAGCAACAGGGGCAUCGAACAAGACCAAUCAGAUUGUUCCAGAGAUCCAGGUGGACCUGAGAGGAGCAACCAUUAACUGGGCAUCGAAGGAUAAGUCCAGCAAAAAGAAUGUUUUAGAGUUAAAAGGGAAGAAUGGUGUGGAGUUUCUGAUACAGUAUGACACCGAAAGCAUUAUCAGUGACUGGCACAAAGUCUUAAUGGACACCAUUCGGCAACUUGAGUACCAGGACCAUCAUUCAGAGGAGGAGGACAAUGACCUCUAUGAGAAGAUUGCCAACACAGAAAAAGAUGAUAAGUUUGGAAGCAACAUCGACAAGAGGAGAGGCUCCUCCAAGCCCGGUGUUACUCAUUCAAGUAGUUCUGCUGGAGACGCAGAUCAGAAGAGGGUUCGGACCAAGCUGAUGAAGUUCCUCUUGAAACGACCUACCCUUCAGUCUGUCAAGGACAAGGGCUACAUCAGAGAUAAUGUGUUUGGUUGCCAUCUGGCCACGCUGUGUGCACAAGAGAGGAGUUCCGUUCCUAGUUUUGUGGAGAAAUGUAUCAGAGCAGUAGAAAAGAGAGGUUUAGACAUUGAUGGACUCUACAGAGUUAGUGGAAACCUCGCUGUUAUUCAGAAACUACGCUUCAAGGCCGACCACGAGGAACUGGACCUGGAGGAUGGCCAGUGGGAGGAUGUUCAUGUCAUCACUGGAGCGUUGAAGCUGUUUUUCAGAGAACUUCCAGAGCCACUUUUCCCAUUCAGCCACUUUAAUAAAUUCAUUGAAGCUAUCAGAACGCCUGAUUACAACAUAAAAUUAUCUUACAUUUGUAACCUGGUCAAAACUCUUCCUCAACCAAACCAUGAUACAAUGAAACUCCUAUUUGGACAUUUACGCAAUGUCAUUCAAUUCGGGGAAGACAAUCGCAUGACUGUGCAGAACGUGGCAAUCGUGUUCGGGCCGACACUGCUGAGACCAGAGACGGAAUCGAACAACCUCACGAUGCACAUGGUCUUUCAGAACCAGAUAGUGGAGUUCAUCCUGAAUGAAUAUGAUCGAAUCUUCAACCUAUAAGCCUCCAGUGCAGACCCAGGCAGAAGUCUAAAUAUGCUUGAGUUAUUUUGAAGUGCUAAAUUUACCUUUGCAUGCACGUAAAUAGCUUCUGUGCAGCUUCUUACAUCCAACUCUGUAAUAUAUGUUAAAGGGUUCUUUCAGUUCUGUUUGCUCAGAGCAUUUGAAGGGAGUUUAAUCAUAUAAAAUUAGAUGAGGGGAUCUUCAAAUAGUCUUUGCUCAGAAUAUUUGAAGCAUGUUUAACCACUCUUCAGAUUUACUCCAUAGGGGGCUCACAAUGCUAGAAAAAUGUUUGGCAGUAUUUUACAACCGAAAAAUGAGUCACAGAGGUUAAGAUGUGCAGCUUUUGAGCUACUUGCUUGGUUGAAAAAGAAAUGUACUGUGAACUAUAUGAGACUGUGUUGAUCCCAGAGACUUUAGUUGUCUUAAUCUCACAAGUCACUUUCUGCAGUUUUUUUUUUUUUUUUGUCUAUUUGUUUUGGUUUAUCUCAGUGAUAAUAGCAGUAUAAUAGCACCCAAGUAAAACAUGGACCAAUGCAUUAAUAUUCUUUUUAUUAUAAAACAAUCAAUUGCUUCCAUCUUUAUUUUAGAAAUGACAAUGUUAAUGAUGUUUAAACAUUGUUUUGGAAUUAACAUAAGAGUAUAACAUAUAUCGCAAUAACUGAGAUUGUAUUGUAAUGUUGUUUUCUUUCUCAUUUUUCCCAUGGGUUAUUUUAUUGUAAUAUAGAAAUGUACAAAAUGAACUAUUAAUACAACAUCUUGGUGUAAAAUAGACAUUGACAUCAAAUCCUGCAGCCUAUAGAUAAAUUUUCACUGAAAUGUACACCAUUUUCAGUCAUGCUGUACUUGAAGAAACUGUAUAACUGUAAACUAUAACACCCUAGAAGUAUAAACUAGUGAUUGAAUUUUCAACAGUUUGCAGUAACAACACAGAGAACAUAAAACAAAAAAAGUUGAUCGUAGAAGAGAUUUAUCUCCUGUAAAUAGGAAUAGAAAGCAUAUUUAUGCUGAAAGUCAUUGAAAAUGCAGAAGUUAUAAUAAAGUAACUUUGUAAAAAUG